AUGAGCUCAACAGACCUCCAAAAGCAGGUCGGCCAGCUAUUUGCGGUCGGGUUCCAUGGCUACACGCCUAGCCCGGAGAUCAAAAAACUGAUUCAUGAAUACCAUGUCGGAGGCAUUGUGCUUUUCUCUCGCAACUUUCAAGAUGCCGCUCAACUCCAAGCCUUGACGUUGGCGCUGCAAAUCGAAGCGAGAAUGGCUGGACACGAGCGACCAUUGCUCAUUGGAAUUGACCAAGAGAAUGGUGUUGUUACUCGGAUUUCUCCUCCGAUCGCAACUCAAAUCCCGGGGCCAAUGGCUCUUGGGGCCACUGGUGAUCCAGAAAUGGCCUACCAGGCAGGCAAAGCCACGGGUGAGACCCUAGGAAUUUUUGGUAUCAACAUGAAUUACGCUCCAGUCUGCGACAUCAACUCGGAGCCCUUGAAUCCAGUGGUUGGAGUCCGUAGUCCCGGCGAUGAUCCAGAAUUUGUGGGCAGGUUUGCUUGUGCCGCAGCGCGUGGUCUUCGAGAGAUGAAUAUCGUUCCUAGUGCGAAGCACUUCCCCGGCCAUGGCGAUACUGCUACCGACUCACACUAUGGGUUGCCAGUCAUCUUGAAGACACGAGACCAGCUCGAGCGAUGUGAAUUGAUUCCAUUCCGAAGGGCGGUUGCGGAAGGCAUUGAGACAGUGAUGACUGCCCACAUCUCCCUGCCAAACAUCGAUGAGAAGCUUCCAGCGACGCUGUCGCCAAAUGCACUCGCCAUCCUUCGUAAGGACAUGGCCUAUGAUGGAAUGAUUAUCACAGACUGUCUUGAAAUGGAUGGAAUCCGCGCCACUAUCGGCACCGAACAGGGCUCAAUUCUUGCGCUUAAAGCUGGAAGCGAUAGCAUCAUGCUUUGCCAUACUUUCGAAGUGCAAGUUGCGUCUAUUAAGAGAGUCUGUGAAGCAGUCCAGUCUGGAACACUCGGAUCAUCCCGCUUCGAAGAGGCAUGCCGCCAUGUUGCCCAUGUAAAAGACAAGUUCUUGAAAUGGAACACCGCCUUGCGUCUAAAUCAUCUGGAAGAACUUGAUGCACUUAACAAGAGGACUCCCAGUGUUUUCAAAGAGGCUUACGAAAAAUCGGUCACUGUUGUUCGUGAUACCAAUAAUACCCUGCCUCUGAAAACAGCUGGAAAUAUUGUGUUUCUUUUCCCUGGAAGUAUAAUCCCAAUGGGAGGCGCUGUAGAUGGUGAGGGAUUGGGCCGACAAGGGUCAUACGAAGUUUCCCCAUACCUUCAUGCGCUUCGAGCCUACAACUCUUCCAUUACGGAAAUUAAGUACAAGGAUACAGGGCUAACACCUGAUCAAUGGAACCUUGUCAAGGGUGCCGAUUCGGUUAUUUUUGUUUCCAUAAAUGGACGGGAAACGCCAUAUCAAGAAGCGCUUGGUCGUGAACUUCCUCAGCAUGCUCGAUCACUCGUUGCUAUUGCUGCUUGCAGUCCAUAUGAUUUUCUUGAAGUCCCUGAACUUCAGACAUAUAUCACGACGUAUGAGCCGACGGUCGAGGCAUUCACUGUCGCUGCAAGUAUUGUUUUCGGUCGGAUGACCGCAAAGGGAUCUCUUCCUAUAGGCACAGGUGCUCCAAAAAUAAAUGUGGCAGUCGAACCCUUCAGUAUAGAAACUGACGUGAAUGAGGUGGUCUCAAAAUGGAAUGAAAUAUUUCCGACCUACGCUUUACCUGCAGAUGGCCUCCGAACAUUGAUUACUCAAGCGAACGGGCAUCACUUUGUGGCCCGGUGCGGGUCAGAGUUGGUAGGAUUCUGCCUUGCGUACCUCGGCCCACCCUCUACUGUUCACAUAGCAGUUCUGGGUGUCGCUCCAAAGCACCAAGGUCAAGGCAUCGGCACAUCCCUAUUACGGGAGACUCGUUCAUACUUCCGCACCAAGUUUGGCAUCCAAAGCCUAAAGCUUGGCAGCUCGUUCCCUCGCUUUUGGCCCGGAAUUCCUCGCGAACUUCCAGAGUCGGUUCAAAGCUUCUUCAUUCACCGUGGCUUCCGACUCAGCCCACCGGGUAAAAGAUCAGUGGACCUGUACCAGGAUAUUCGCAAUUUCCAGUCCCCAGAGAAGUAUAUUAAUCGUGCCCGAGAUCGUGGCUUCCGCUUCGCUGCUCUGCAGCCCGAUGAGUAUUUAGCUUGCUUGGAUGGUCAGAGGAGGAACUUUUCAGACAAAGCGGGGUGGGUUGAAGCGUAUGUCAUGCUAGAUCCCGAGAAAUUUCCGUCAUGCGUGAUGGUUGCCUUCGAUUCCCAAAAUCAGCAAGUUGGAUGGACAUUAAUGCUGCCUCCGUGCCCGGAGUUAAACGAAGGCUGGGCAUUUCCCCAGAUUUGCGGCCCAAAAACCGGUCUGAUCGGGUGUGUCGGAGUAGAUGCCGAUCACCGAAAAUCUGGUAUUGGCCUGGCGCUAAUCUGCCAUGCGAUUGAGAAUAUGAAGGAGCGAGGCAUUGAAGGGGUCUUUGUAGACUGGGUAGCUCUUGAUGGAUGGUAUGAGCAGGUGGGCUUUAAGACCUGGAGGAGUUAUCGACCCGGUGAGAUUUGA